AUGCUAUUAUUAGUAUCGUCUACAUCCUUGACACGGAAUCAUUGGGAUGUCUCUAAGCUGGAUCCCCUAAUCCCUUUUCCCAUUUUCAGCGCCCCCUUUUUCUUGAAUUAUUUUCCACAUAUCUUUUCUAGCUUUGAAUUCUUUGUGAUGAGUCUCAACUCAAAGCCGCCUGAUUAUCUUUCCAUGACACGUGGUCAACUCCAACUUGCAUUGGGAAGACAGCUUGCUCUUAGAGACUGCUUAUCAUCCAAGCUGCCAGACUCCGGUAAGAAGCUGAAUGAAUCAAUAGCUCGUGUUCAAUCCAUCCUUGAGACCAAACUUCAUCAGCCUCCUCUUCUACCACCAUCCGCAUUACAAAUUCGUAGCCCAAAUCGCAGACGUCUUGGAGUGCUUUGCACCUCCUCAAAAGACGUAGUAAUUGAAAAAAAAGAAGAGGGUGAAAUUGAAGAUGUUGACAGUUUAAUCGACGGCCUUGUCUCUCUCAAUCUCGGUCCUGCGAAAAGUGAUGAUGUAGGGGCCGAAGAAGACUUGUCGCAACUUCCUAAAGAGCCUCUUACUCCUGAUGAGAUUACCAAUUUUCGGCGCCUUUGCAAUUUGCCUCGUUUGAACGACGAGGGUGUCUCCUAUCAUGCCUUUCUCUUUCAGUUGAGGCCAAUCAAUUCUGAACUUGUCCGUCUCAUGAUUAUUGAUUGUUGGAAUUCGACAAAGCAGUUUGUGAGGCAUGGGGCGAUCUUCACGUGGGCAAUUGAAGGUAGUCCUCUGCCACACAAUGCGACAAUGCGAUACGACACAGACACUGCCGCGCCUGGUAUAGCGGUGGCUGAGAUGUGGCGAUUCGUUCGGCAGGAGUCGGCAGCGGAGUGGUCUGUGCUUGUAGCCGAUUGUGCGGGAAGUUUGGUACGACUGCGCCGGCUCUUUUGCUGCCCCAGUGUCCGUCAUCACCCUGGGGCGAGGAAUGGAAUGCCGAAGAACAUCCGUUUUAUCGUGGCUGAUGAUGCUAAUUCCGAGAAGAAGGCAUACGAAACAAAGGAGCAGCAACUCUCCGAAGAGGGCGGUACGAGCGCCAGCUCGAUGGCGUGCACUGCGCACUACGCGAAGUUGGAUGCAGCGGCCUUGGCCAAAUUGCGACCGAAAACUGUUGCGUGGAUCGAGGCGCCUCUAAAUCUCCACGCUCUUCGUGCUAUCGCCGAAAUGCCACGUGGUCCUGUGGUCUGCCACCCGCCCUACAUAGCCCCCUCCGUUUCCUCCUGUGUAUCCCCAAAGAGCGACCAACAGACUACGCCAGGAUCUCCUCCCAUGCUCAACUCCGUGAACAAGUCCCUCCUAAUUCGACUAGCCGCUACCGGCUUCAACCCCUCUUCUCUUGCCCUACUCGCCGGACAGGCACGGUGGCGCGGCUUUGCUGGCCUCCUCGCGACGUCUCACGUCUCCCGAUGUCCUGAGGAUCUGGCCAACCUUUACCGCCUCUUCAGACGGGUGUAUCGUGGUCUAGCGCUAAACACGGAUCUGUAUCGCGAGGACGCCUCAAAGCCGUCAUGUUCCCCACUUUGGAGUUCACCGUUACGACAAUUGAAGACCCUUUCGAUGAAAGAGUCCCUAAAGGUUAUGACGCGAGUUCGCGAUGAGUUAAAGGCGUCGCAGAAGGAAGCAGUAUUAGAGGCCAGACUAAGCUUGCCACCUGCAUCCGCGAUGUUAUUGAAGUAUCGUGAACAGCAAGCGGAAGAAUCAGACGAUACACUGUGCGCAGACAGCGAUGAUGAUUGA